AUAGUAAGAUAGUGGGUCUCAAUUCCUUUUAUUUUUCAGCAGGUUUGGAAUUUGGAUACUUUUAAAGUCUAUCAAUUUUAAAUAAAUUAUAAAAAUCAAUGCUUCUAAAAUAAAUUGCAAACAGAAAUCUCUCGUAGCCAAAUAUAAUCUUCUUUUUGCAUCAACCGAGGACUCCAUCUGCGGCAGACAUCAAUUGUGACGGCAGAGACUGCACCAGUGACGGAGAUCGGGGACCGGCGGCGACUCCAUCUACGGCAGACAGCAAUUGCGACGGCAGGGACUACAACAGCGUCGGCGAUCGGCGGCGACUCACAGCUGCUUCAGAGAAUCAAAGGCGAAGUUUGAAGUUUUAGCAAAAUAUAAUAAACGUUUGAGCAAUAGUGCUGGACUUUAGUGACCGGCAGAGACUGGAAGAAGCUGUGAGACUAUCGAUGGGAGAUUAUUUUUAGUUCUCAAGGAGCUUCAGGAGCCCUUUGUGCAGAGAGAAUUCACUGCAGUGAUGCAGUCCACUUUCUAGCCACCGUUGCUCUCUGCCGUAGGUCACCGCUCCUCUGUUGCAGCCUCGCAGAGUGACUGCAUUGCAGAAGAGUUCAAAUGAAUCCAUUGACAUUAGUAAAGCGUAUCCAGAACAUAAAUGCUAAGGAAGCUGCAUUGGGUUUAUCUGAAGAUGCUUCGUGGCAUGUCAAGUACAAAGAGUCCGCUUAUGUAUUUGUUGGUGGGGUUCCCUUCGACCUCACCGAAGGCGACCUCCUAGCUGUUUUUGCUCAAUAUGGUGAGAUUGUUGAUGUGAAUCUUGUUAGAGAUAAGGGAACAGGAAAGUCUAAAGGCUUUGCUUUCGUUGCAUAUGAGGAUCAGAGAAGUACAAAUCUUGCUGUAGAUAAUCUGAACGGUGCCCAAAUUCUUGGGCGGACUAUAAGAGUGGAUCAUGCUAGCAAUUAUAAGAAGAAAGAGGAAGAGGAUGAGGAGACAGCGAGGAAGAAAAGAGAAGAAAGAGGUGUAUGUCGUGCCUUUCAAAAGGGUGAAUGCACUAGGGGAGAUGGAUGCAAAUUUUCCCAUGAUGAGCAAAGAGCUUCAAACACAGGCUGGGGCCAUGAAGAAGAUAGAACUUCAAAAUGGGGACAUCAAGAAGAUAGGCCUUCAACGCGGGGACGUGAGGAAGAUAGACGUUCAAAAUGGAGCAAUCAUGAAAACGCGGGAAAACACAUAGUUGUGCAGAACUAUGAGCGUAAAAAGAUGGGUUCAGUAGAUAGGCACAGUAGAGGUCUUGAGAAGAUGCAAUCAAGACACAAAGAACACGCGACUGAUAACAGGGGAGAUGACUAUGAUGAACCUAAGUCACCACGAGGUCGUGAUAGUAGGAUGCAUGAAAAAGCAAGGAGGCAUGAUCAUGAUUCAAGAUCAAGGAAACAUGACAAUGAUCGAAGUUCAAGGGAAGAUGAUAACGGCGAUAGGAGAGAGAGAGCAAGAAGACGUGAUUAUAUAUGAUUCUGGAAGACAGUCAUUUAGGUGCUUGCUACAUAUUAUGAGACUGGAGAUAAAACAUCUCUCUUUUCACGGUGUGAAGUGAUGAGUGACCCACUGUCGCAUCUCUCCUUGUUUUUCUAUUAGAUAAAACUUAUGCCAGCCUUCUUUUCGACCAUCGUUUCUGGAUACCGUCUCUGCUCUUGAAGAAGUUCAGUAUGAAUCUGCAAUCUUGUCCAAUCAUGAUAGGGGCAGCAACUUGUAUGACUGACUUUUUAAUGUAAUUGUUUGACUGCCACCUACUGACCAAUGAAUGAAAUGGCUAACGACUCACAUCUUGAAUUCACAUUUUCGCAUGUAUGACACUCCCUGUUUUACCUAAACCUCAUAUAUCUUC